UUAUCAUCAUAAGACGCGUCUCCUCCGCGUCUUCCUCCUUGCUGUCUGACGCACAGGAGAAAUGGCUGCAGCUCUGUCCCGUGCCCUCAAACUGCCCGGGAAGAAGGGCUCAGAGCUCGGGGACUAUGAUCCUCUCACCCAGGCCGACAGCGACGAGAGCGAAGAAGAUGACCUUGUCCUCAACUACCCCAGAAACGGCCACGCUGGCAAAUCAGAAAGACUCAAUGAGGCCCUGGACAAUGAAGAGGAAGACGAGGAGGAAGAAGACGAAUGGACGGAGCGCAUCUCUGGGAAAUCCAGGCGGGAUCGCGGCGAGCUGAAAAACGGCCAGUUCCGGAACCACAGGGACUCGGGAAUGGAGAAGAACGGGGAGGAGAGAGGGGGCGCCAGGACGUCGGAGGGCUCCGGGCUCGGGGUUCACGGCACCGAAGGGGAGAAGGAGAAGAGGAUGAGAAUGAAGAAUUUGGUCCGAAGCGCGUUCUUCCUGGUGCCUUUGGUUUGCGCCGCCAUGAUCGUGCUGCUGUGCGUGUUCCUCGUGCCCUGUCAGAGGGGAGAGCUGGAGAAGAAGCUGCAGUGGGAGAAAGCUCUGGGAGAGAAAGUCGGUUUGACUCCGCCUGCUCUGGCCUUGUGGGAUGUUGACGGGGAUUCUGUAGAGGACGUGCUUCUGGCCGUCACCGAGUCGACCAACGAGACACACACAACGCAAAAGAGUAGAAAUUACAGUGCAGUGGCUGUGUCAGCUGUCAGCGGUCAGGUGCUGUGGAGGAAAGUCAUGCCUGAGUCUGUGAUGUACAUCCAGUGUGGUCUGUGGAACAGCACGCAGCCAUCAAAUGUUUGCCUCCUCAUUGGGAAGUCCAUCCUCACGGCGGUCAUCAGCACCUCAGGUAAGAGGCUGUGGACAGUCACGCUGAAGAACAUCGUGUCUCAGGCAGUUUUACUCCCUGACAUCGAGGGCGACUCGGUCCCUGACCUGCUUGUUGCCACUCUUCCUGCUGAUGAGUCCAUGGAUUUGUCCCUGACUAUGAUCUCUGGACAGACGGGAGCAUUGCUCGGACAUCCCGUGCCUUUCAACCUCACAGGGCAAGGGAAGCUCAUCGGACCUUUGCUGCAUGAGACGCAGCAAGGAGCGUUCUACAUCCUGUUUGGACUAGGUAACAUCCAGGCCAUCUCUUUGCAAGACAUCUACUUUCGCGCCUUUGGAGACAUGGCCAUCCCACAACCGCUUCGGAAGAAGGACACCGUGUGGGAGGGCCUCAAUAAAACGGGUUUCUCCAUCAUACGCAUUCACAGAGGGUCUGAAAGCGUGGAGUUCCUGCUCCCUCUUGUGGCGGAUUGGAGGAUCGACCGCAACAGCCUGGACACAGCUUCUAACCUGAAUUCUACCAGGAGCGACUGGGUGUUGGUCUACGGUGCCAGCACGCUGUCGGUGGUCCGACAGCGGGACUUACGCAAAGAGUGGGCUUUCAGCUUGGCUCCUAUUCACAGUCAGCCAGCUCUGGGAUACUUUAAUAAUGAUGGAAUCCUUGAUAUUUUUGUUCAACAUUCAGCAAACGGCACCAUGCAGGCAAAGAUAAUUAACGGGGCGAGUGGCAGCGUCCUCUGGGCAGCUGACUUUGUGUGUCCCCGCCUCGUUUUGGAAACCUCAGCAAUAUCCACCUCAACUGGCCAAUCAGCUUUCUUGUUCUGGGCCAGCGAUCCAAUCAGAACCCAGAGAAAUGCUACCAGGACUACUACGGCGCCGGGCGUUUCUGCAGCGAGGCCGCUCAUCAGAAAGCUCUUCCUGUUGCAUCCUGCGUAUCCCACUGUUCUGCUGGAGCUCAGCAACACCACAGAUACAGCCGUCACCUCUGCAGUGAGUUACCAGGAGCAUCUGAAAGAUGCCACCUACAUCACUGUGUCGUCCCGGCCCACACCCGACUCUGAGCCCAGCGCGCAGAUCGUGAAGAGCACGAGCCUCAGAGCCGCCGUCAGCAGGGGACAGAUCGUCAGGCUGAUGGAAAACGGCAAAACGGAGAACGCCGUUAAACCUGGAGCCUUUGAGUUGAACACGUUCUUCAAGCGGCUCUACUUCAAACGUCAGUGAUGGAACACUGAAACUACCUUUUGCACGAGGAGCUAACAGGAACGAUUCUGCACUAUGGCGACACUUCCACUUCAUUUAAAGCUGUUUACAUGUUGUUACAUUCACUAAACAAACUGAAUUUCUGUUACCUGUGAAAGAUUUCUCACUUUAUAUUUUCUUUUGUUUUUGUACAGUAAAAAUGUAAAUUUCAAUGAUUAAAUUAUCAUUAAGAAGUUUGUUAUUUAUUUUACUGUAUUAGAGUAAGUUUAUACUAGUUUGUUUCUGACAGUGAAGCACAAUAUGAUCCAAGAAUAUGUGAAUGCAUUAAAAUAUUCUGCAUAGAGGUCUUCUAAGGUAGUAUUCAUUUCAGCUGGUCACAUGUCAAAGCUGCUAAUUUAKUUUUUAUUCAGCACUAAGAAACAUGAUGGUUUGUAAAUAUUUAAUGAUGUACAGUUUGUAUUGGUUUGAGGCUUGUUCUUUUUGUUUGAUGUCAGGGUUUGUUUGUUUUUUUUUUCAAAGAUUGUAUGAUUGAACAUUGUUGCAUUUUAUUUAAAUGUAUGAUGGAAUUCCAUAUAAUGCAAGUAAAAUACUUCAAAUACCUUC